AUGGCCAAACUCUCCAACGGCAAUGGCGUCCCCAAUCCUGUUCCCGGCUGGAAUAUAUCCUCAUACCCCUGCCAGGGCAGGUGGAAGGGCAUCACUUGUGAUAACCAGCACCGUCGUGUGAAGGAAAUCUCGCUCGGUGGUUUCAACUUCUCAGGAGUUCUCGAUGCGAGGUUUCUGUGCAAUGAUCGGUCUCUGUCCGCCUCCCUUCUGGUUGUCAACAUUUCCGGAAACAUCAUUCGGGUGGAGAACCUUGAAGAUAUUGCAAACUGCUCCUUGCUCUCUCAUUUGCUGAUCGAACGGAACCAAAUUUCGGGGAUCGUCCCGGAGUCUAUUUCCCAGCUGACGAAUCUCAAAGUUCUUGAUAUAUCCCACAACCAGUUCUCUGGUGCUUUGCCUGAUCAGCUCCCAGGAGACCUGACCGUGUUUAGGGCACAGAGCAAUCGACUAUCUGGCCCCAUCCCUUACUCCGAUUUUUCCACAUUGGCGGAGUUUAAUGUUUCGUCUAACAAUUUAAGUGGGCUGAUUCCGGCAGGGGCAAAUCGAUUCAAGAUGAGUAGCUUCAUUCAUAAUCCUGGUUUAUGUGGCGCGCCAUUGCUUGGCAAUUGCACAUGGAUGGUAGUGUCCAAGUAUUCGGAUCCUGCGCCGGUGAAAACUGGAAGCAAUGGUGGCGUUUCUAGAAAUCAGAUUCUCAUGUUUGCUGGGUAUGCCUUGAUCGGUUUAGCCGUUGUGCUCGUUGCCCUUUUUUGUUUCUGCAAAAGGAUUCCUCGGAAGGAAGAAAGUUCCGAAGUCGACAACAAGGUAGCUGCAGUCGACGACAGCAGUUUCUCCACUGUCGAAUUGAAGGCAGGAGACGCGAGCAAAACGGACUUUUCGGCUGAAAGCGGACCGGCCUCUGUAUCACUCACUGUUCUCGUUAGUCCGGAAGAGAAUGGACUGAGAUUCGAAGACCUGCUCAAGGCACCGGCCGAGCUGCUUGGAAGAGGUAAUCAUGGUAGCGUGUACAAGGUUGUCUGCAAUGGUGUUGUGCUUGCCGUAAAGAGGAUCAAAGACUGGCCAAUAUCGAGUGGCGACUUCAGGCAGAGAAUGCGGCGGCUGAGUCAAGUGAAGCAUCGCGACGUGCUGCCAGCCAUUGCAUUCUACAGCUCAAGAGAGGAGAAGCUUCUCGUCUAUGAAUAUCAGGACAAUGGAAGCCUUUUCAGACACAUACAUUCCCACGAUGAUCCUACAAAACCGCCAUUCGGCUGGAGCAGCCGGAUUUCAGCUGCGGCCACAGUUGCUAAUGCCUUAGCCUUCAUGCACGAUGAACUGCAUUCGGACAACAUCCCUCAUGGCAACCUUAAAUCCUCCAACAUUUUGCUCGACGCGAAAAUGGAACCACGCAUCAGCGAGUAUGGACUAAUGCUUGCCGAGAACUGCGAUGCCAAUGCAAUAUUCAAGGCGGAUACCUAUGCGUUUGGGGUAAUUCUUCUUGAACUUCUGACAGGUCGAACAGUUCUGAAUGAAGGGUUAGAUCUCGCGAGUUGGGUUCUAGCCGUGGUUCGCGAAGAAUGGACGGUGGAGGUUUUUGACCGGAGCUUGUUGCGCGAAGGCGUGAGCGAGGAGAGGAUGGUCAAUGCAUUACAAGUAGCCAUCAAAUGCGUCGACAAGCGGCCGGAAGCAAGGCCGGACAUGAAAGAAGUGGCGGCUGCAAUUGCCGCCAUAAGGGACAAUGACGAGGACGAGUACGACCUGUCUGUCGACGUCGUCUCUGAACUAUCGAUCACUUCGUCGUUCGUCGCGGAGGCGAAGGCCACCGGAAAAUUCUAUAUUUGAGGUCAAUAUAGUGUUACACCUAUUCUUCAAUGAUUUUAUAUUCCUAAAAUAUGAUAUGAAGUUUAAUAAAUCCUAAGUUGCAGAUUUUAUAUUGAUAAGGACAAGCAGAAAAUUGUGCAACUAGUAUGUAAUACCUGCCGUUGGGAGUUGUCAUGUCCCCAACGAGUGCUGUAAUAGCAAUCUUAAAAAUGGACAAGUCGGCUGCAGUUGUUUUAUUUGGUGGGGCUGAACAAAAUUUCCAAAAUGUCAAUUUUCUACACCAUUAAUUAUUAUGGUUUUUUUAUUCUUUCUUUUGAUAAUCUUUUUUUCUCCCCUUAAUAAUGCCAGAGGUAUAUGGUCAAGUGUAUUUAUGGUGGAAGUUGAACAAUUUGUGGUUUGUCACAAAAUAAUGGCACAAUUAAAUAGCUUGGGUUGGAUCAUUUCUUUGUAAUGACCUACUACUUUGUUGUAGUAUUGUCUUCUUGUCCUUUUUGCACACAACCGAUGCUUUUGCUUUUCAUUAAAUUGCCUUUGUAUUGAAGAUUAAGACGACGCCGUUUUUGUUACGCUUGGAAUUUCCAACCCUAUAUAUAAGGAGAGGAGUUAAGUGUGAACCAAGGCGUUAACCAAAACGAUAAUUACAUUAAAAUUUAAACUUCAAAAUUUGAAAUUUGAAAAAAAUAAAUAAAAAAUUCCCGAAUUAGUGGAGGAGUUUUCAAAAUCGUUAGGUUAAUACAUUAAUUAAGAUUUUUAAAAAUUUGGAAAUAAUUGGUUUUAUAGGGAAAGAAAACAAAUUAUAGUACUGGACUAAUGGUAAUCGAAUCUCGACCGACCACGUAAAAGGUUAAUUUACGGCCCAGAUUUAAUCACCACAUGAUAAGGCGAGGAGG